AUGCGGCGACACUCAUACCAUCGUUUGUCACCCACGUCUGCUGCCCUUAUUGCAUCAGUAUGGCUUACUGGUACCAAUGCAAUCGUUGUUCCCUCCGUAAAGAAUAUGAGGCCGGUGAUCCCCGGGAAACUCUAUCGAUCGGCCACUUUGGAUGAAUUGUCGAUAGAAGAUGCUCAAGCCUUGCUCAGUGGAAAAGCCUUUGGUGCAUCAUCAGAGCCCUUGGCUGCGGUCAUUGACUUGAGAAACAAGGAUGAGAUUCAAAAGGGUUUGAAAGAACGGACGGAAGGAUCAGAACUCUUUUAUAAUUCCAGCAGCAGCAGCAGCAGCAGUUUGGAAAAUUGCAACUUUGUUCACAUUCCCUUCUUGGAAGACGUGAACGAAUUCUGGGAAGAGGCCAUUCGCAGAAUGGAUGGCAAAGAACGAAUGAUGGCAUCAUUGAAUACGGUAUUUCAAGGAGGGGCACUAGAUCGAGCAGCUGCUCGAAACCUGGAAAAGGGAGGUCAUGCCAUGCUGAAUACCAUGAUCAUGCAAGUGGGAAGAGAGCGAAUAGGAAGGGCCCUCGAGAUCUGCAUGAUCGAAUCACAAAGGGGUCCAGUCAUAUUCCAUUGCCAAAAGGGAAAGGAUCGUACUGGCGUUCUAGGAAUGCUGAUUCAAAGCAUCCUUCAGUCAUCCGAGGAUGAAAUCGUCAAAGCAUAUGCCUUGUCGGGAGAACUUUUGGGAGAAAGUGAAGGAAUGAGGACAGCAAAUGACAAGGUGAAAGAAAGUACCAGUGGAUUAAUUGAUUGGGCUUUCUUUCGUGGUAGUCCAACCGAGGGAAUGGUGGGGACGCUGGAAUGGACAAAGGCCAGCUACGGAACAGUCGAGUCCUAUUUGGAGCAAAAUGCAGGUUUCAGUGUUUCUCAGCAAAGAAGCUUUCGCGAACAACUUGAUCCCAUUCAGCUACCAUCUAAAUGA